ACACACACACACACGCACACGCCCCGCUGCACUGCUCCCUCCUUCCGUUUCCUCCCUCUCAUCCCCUCAUCUCCGUUCUGUGUCUCACAAGCUCACGUCGUGUCAGGAGGUCUGGAGGGUUCUCCUUUGAGUGCGGGCAACGCGGGGCGGUGGGGUCGUGCGCUGUCCCUCGCCCUCUGAACGGACUGUCCGUCUCACAACGAACAAGGCCGAGGACUGAGACUGCAGUCGACCCGGCAGGGCUUCCCGUGCAGCAGGGGGGAGAGCUGUGGGUGUCUGGCCCAAAGCACCCCCCAGCCCGGGCCGCGUGAAAGAGCUGCAGGCUCUGGACCUUCAGUCAGCCUGCAGAACUGCCAGGAGAGAGCUGGAAGGAACUGCUCUGGCGUGGGCGACGGUCGGCCCAGUCAUCCGGUUAUCCGCGCACCAGGCGCUGCGAGGGGAAUCUCUGUGACGCUCGACACCAUAACUUCGGCCCGACCUUCCUUCACCGGGAACAGUUGUGAUCUUCCAGCUCCAGCAUGUCCGUUGUGCUCACUGAUCUAUCUACUGCCAAGUCAGCGCUCCCGCGGUUCGUCUCUCCCCUCAUCCGUGCCCGGCUCGCACGGUCAUUCCUCCCUCCAGAGACUGUUUCUCCGCUUUCGGCCUCCCUCGACAUAAACGCUCCACAGCGCCCCCUGCCGCCCGUCCUCUCUCCCCAUGCCUCGCUCCUUCCUGGUCAAGAGUAAGAAGGGAGGAUGUCACACCCUGCACUCUGUGGAGGACAGGCGCCUCUCUCGAUCAGAACUGUAUGCCAACGUGCAGUUCGAGGUGCAAUCAGAAAGGACUUCAAUACCCAGAAUCCCCUCUUCCAAUGGAUACCCAUUAGAGACAGGGGGGGACAACCCAACACCUUCCAACCUCACACCGAUGCUUCCUGUUGCUCCUUUGACUGCAGGCCAGCCUAGGCAAGAUAUGGACCCUCAUCUGGCUGUGUGGUGCCAGCCCCCUCAGAACUCCAGGGUUCCUACAAAAGAGCGGGAGCUGGAGAGGCUAAUGAGCAUGUUACCACACCCCAAUGAGGGGACCUGGGGGCAAAAUGGGGGAGCAGAGGAGCUGAUCUGUACACAACACAACAGCCUCAAAUUAGUCCUCAACCCCUGUCCUCUGUGUACGAAGAUGUUCUCCUCCGCCUCUGGUCUGGAGACUCACCUACAGAGGUCACAUUUCAGUUGGCUCACUCUCCAGAAUAUGCCUGCAUACGCCAAGGCCAAUGACCAGCCAUAUGUCUUCGGGCCUGACCUGAGCCAACGCAGCAGGACCAAGGAGAGGAGUUUCAGCUGUAAGGAGUGCGGAAAGGUGUUCAAGCGCUCAUCCACCCUGUCCACUCACCUGCUGAUCCACUCGGACACGCGGCCCUACCCCUGCCAGUACUGCGGCAAGAGGUUCCACCAGAAGUCCGACAUGAAGAAGCACACCUUCACACAUACAGGUGAGAAGCCCCACGUGUGCCAGGUGUGCGGGAAGGCCUUCAGCCAGAGCUCCAACCUCAUCACUCACAGCCGCAAGCACAGCGGCCACCAGCCCUUCACCUGCUCCCGCUGCCACGGGGGCUUCCAGCGCAAGGUGGACCUGCGGAGGCACCAGGAGCUGCACUGCAGCUACAGCACUGUGUGCGGCUACUGAGCGGACGCCAUUACAGUAUUCACGCCCGACUGCACCCGGAGCAGCAGGUACAGACACAACCUGAGCAGAAGCCUCAUUAUCGUGUUUGUUUUCCACACACAGGAGUCUGAUGUUCUCAAUGCAUAGAUGUGUCGUACUUUCAGACCUACGCUGGAUGAAGGUGCCGUACAUUUGUCUGGACUUCGGCCGCGCCCUAGGACAUUCUCUGUCACAAAAAAUAUGCCUGCUGAAUUCAGCCCUGAAAGAGAUAUUUCUACAAUAUUUUUCUGUAAUAUAACAAGUAAAUUUUUUCUUUAAAAAAAUAAAUAAAUGUGAAUUCAGUAAAAUGUUCAUGCCAUUUCUUUGCUAGAACUUUGUAGUAAGCAUUUGUAUUUAUUUCUCGUUUUGUGUUUUUGUUUUUACAACCGGUCAUAUGUCUGGGUCUACUGAGGACGAUUGAAAUGAUGCAGAUCUGUACAGUGUGUUAUUAUAAUUAUCAGAUUUUCAAUAAAUGUGACACAUAAAUACAGGCCUGGAAGAGCAGAUGUAUUAUUUGUCAUUAUGAUUGAUUUGCCAUAUACAGUUACUUCAAAUAAAAGGCUGCCUCAU